AUGAGUGUAAACGAGUUGGCAACGCGGCGUCCCAAUCGCAUAAAAUUGAGGUUAACUAUUGGAGGAUGGUUCGAUGGGAAUUGGGAAGGAUGUUUAAAUUUUAAUUGGAGAUGUCCAGAGAGUGGUGGUACAGUGAAAUUAUUUAACGAGAAUUCCAAAAAGCAAUGCACAAAUACUGUGGUGCGGUUCACAAUGGAUUCCUGGCCGAAAGACGUCGGCAUUCUAGCCCUGGAACUCUACGUGCCCUCGAUGUACGUGGACCAAACGGACCUCGAGGCGCACGACGGCGUCUCCAGCGGCAAAUACACCAUCGGCCUGGGCCAGCAGAAGAUGGGCUUCUGCACCGACAGAGAGGACAUAAAUUCCUUCUGCCUCACGGUGGUCCAGCGACUGCUGGAAAACUACAAAAUCGACCCCCGCGAGGUAGGCCGCCUCGAGGUAGGCACCGAAACCAUCCUCGACAAAUCCAAGAGCGUCAAAUCCGUGCUGACCCAACUCUUCGAGUCAUACGGGGUGACCGAUCUAGAAGGCAUCGACACGACGAACGCGUGUUACGGGGGCACCGCGGCCCUCGUCAACUCCUUGAACUGGGUGGAAUCCUCGUCGUGGGACGGCCGGUACGCCCUGGCAGUCGCCGCCGACAUAGCGGUGUACGCCAAAGGCUCCGCUCGACCCACCGGAGGGGCCGGAGCCGUAGCGAUGCUGAUCGGACCGAACGCUCCCUUGGUGAUCGACAGAGGGGUACGUUCCUCCUACUUUACGCACUGUUACGAUUUCUACAAGCCCGAUCUGACCUCCGAGUAUCCGGUGGUGGACGGCAAAUUAUCCAUACAAUGCUAUCUGAAAGCCUUGGACGAGUGCUACAAGUUGUACAAGAAAAAGGUGGCCGAUAAGCAGAAGAUCGACGUUAAUUUGGACAGUUUCGACGCGGUGCUGUUCCACUCGCCGUACUGCAAGCUCGUGCAAAAGAGCGUAGCCAGAAUGGCUCUGAUAGACUAUUUAGACAAACCGAACCAGAAUUCCGAUCUUGAGAAGUACCGAAAAAUCAAAUUAGAAGACACCUAUUUCGACAGGGAUGUGGAAAAGGCGUUCGUUGAAGUGAGCAAGCAACAGUUCGUAGACAAGACCAAACCGUCUCUACUAGUAGCGGCUCAAGUAGGAAAUAUGUACACGGCUUCGUUAUACGGAGGACUUAUUUCGUUACUGCAAUCUAAAACUUUGCAAGAAUUGACCGGCAACAAAAUCGCUUUGUUUUCGUACGGCUCCGGAUUGGCCUCUUCCAUGUACUCCAUAACAGUCAAGAAUAACGACGCCCUGGUUAAAAUACUCUCGAACUUGACGGGCGUACAGAGAAACUUGGACAAUCGACAGAAAGUGGCUCCCUUGAAGUUUGAGCAGAACUUGGAAUUGAGACAAGAGACCUGUCACCGAGCGCCCUACGAGCCUGUGAGCAGCAUCGAGAGCUUCUUUCCGGGUACUUAUUAUUUGAGCAGAGUCGACGAGAAGCACAGGAGGUUCUACGAGCGGGUACCAAUCGCGAUCAACGGAUAUUCCUAG